AUGCGUUCCCAAGCUGUACGUUUCUUGCAACAUUCUCUGAGGCACCGUGCCCCGACUCCAUCUGUGCCUUUGUUCCGAUCUCUGUCUACCUCCCCCGGCAACGCACCACGUUCGACACGCUCCAAGGCACUCCACGCUGCUCCGACAAUCCCCUUCUUUGGCGCUUUCUUCAGUUCCAAUAAGCCCGACGAACAAACACAAAACAUGUCUUUCCCUGACCAGCGAAGUGAUGACCAGUGGAGGGCCGUUUUGAAUCCUGAGCAGUUUCGCAUCCUCCGUGAAAAGGGCACAGAGCGCGCUGGAACGGGUGAAUAUGACACCCAUUAUCCAUCAACAGGUGUCUACAACUGCGCUGGCUGCGACGCGCCCCUGUAUACAGCCGACCACAAGUUUAAGUCUGGCUGUGGCUGGCCCGCUUAUUUCGAUUCGAUUCCUGGGGCAGUAAAGAGGAAUGUGGAUAAUACUUUCGGUAUGAAGCGCACAGAGAUUGUCUGCAAUAACUGUGGAGGUCAUCUUGGUCAUGUCUUUGAGGGUGAAGGGUUCUCUACUCCGACUGAUGAGCGCCACUGCGUGAACAGCGUUAGUUUGCGAUUCACAGAAGAUGGAGCAUCUGGAAAGGCCCCGGCUGAGAAAUCCAAGGCAUAA